GCCGCGGACAUGCCGCUUCUACGCCGAGCUGCAUGCAGUUCUAGGGGGGGCCGCCAUCACUACCCCACCUCUGACCAUGGAUUCCGAGGCGGGGAUCAUCUCAUCAGCUACACCUGAGGAUUCUGUGGACGGGGAAGAGGAGGAGGAGCUUGCAGAGAGCACCCAGCACUCCGUUCUCCCCAACAGCCAGGAUCUUUUUCUCAACCUGACUGAAGUACCCUUCCAACCCUCCCAACCCAGUAACCAAGACCACGACCCCAUGGAAGGGACCUCAGCAGCUGCAAAUUCUUCAAGCCUCCCUCCUCCGUCCCAAAGGCUAUCACAGAUAAGGCGUCGGAAAAAGAAGAUGCGAGACGAGAUGUUCCCAGAAAUCAUGGAAUCCACCCACAGUGACAGAGCUAAACUGAAUGAGUGGAAGGACACUGUUUCAAAGUAUAGGAAAGAAGACAGUGAACGUAAGGACAGGAGGGACCAACGUGAGGACAGGAAGGACCAACAUGAGGAGAAGAGAGACGCUCGAGAUGAGAGGUGGCGGCAGGAAGAUCAGAGGAGGCAGGAUGCAACGCUGGGGCUGCUGCGUGAGCAAACAGACAUGCUCCAGCGUCUGGUGGCGCUUCAGGAACGGCAGCAGGAUAACAGAGUGCCGUUACAGCCCCUGUAUAACCCCUCCUUCCCCCUCACCAUGUUCCAUAGCCUCCUCACCCAGACGUGUAAGAACGCGGGGGGGAGGGGGAGGCUCCGUACACCUUCCCAUUCCACCCCAGUGGACAGCCCAAGCAAAAGGCUGUCAUUUUUUUAACCUUUUUUUAGUGGCCUUUUCCUUCCUGCCGAUUCUCCUCCCAAAC